GGUACAAUUGACAGCUGCUCUUAAAUUCAGCACGCGGGAGGCGUUGUAAGCUGAAAGUGUUUUGUGUACAUGUAUUAGUGUUUUGUUUAUGAAUGUUCGGACUGAUCUGCAAUUGUGCGUAAUUUUGAAACUCUGGAAAUGGUUGUGUUAAGUAAUUUUCCACCUCCUACGGAAGGCAUAAGACACCAACAGCCCGCCACUGUCGCACACGUUAACAACAGAGAUAUUGGGAAAGGCACUUUGUUUAUAACGGAAAGUCGUCUGUCAUGGGUAAACAACUCCACUGGCCAGGGAUUUUCUCUCGAGUACCCUCACAUUGCUCUCCAUGCAGUAUCAAGGGAUUUGCAGUCACAUCCACAGGAGUGCCUUUAUAUCAUGUUGGACACACACGUAGAUGCAGAAGAAAACCGGCCUGAAGAAAAUGCUGAUGACGACAGUUCAAAUCCUGAAAUGACAGAAAUGAGAUUUAUACCUGAUGACAAAGGAAUGCUAGAUGCAAUGUACCAUGCUAUGUGUGAAUGCCAGGCUCUGCAUCCUGAUCAAUCUGAAAACUAUGAUGAUUGUGAAGAAGAUGAAAUUUUUGGUGAUGCUGAAGAAGAUGAGAAUGAAGACGGACUGUACAACAUACCUGGAGAUGUACCAAUUAUCAUUAACAAUUCUUCGUUCACUGCUGCAAAUGGGCGGCAGCAGCAGCUGCAACAAGAUGAGCCAAUGGAAACAGAAGCUGGGCAGUUUGAAGAUGCCGAUUGUGAGCCAGAUAAUUAAGAACUUUUGUGGCAACUCUUUCCUGCUUUGAUUUCGUUGUGUUCUGUUUCUUUGACUUGUUAACUACAUUUUCUCAUUUAUGUUUGUUUAUAAACAUCACUUCAUGAACGUGUUAUUCAGGCAUGCAGGAAACAAAAUAUUCUUGUAUUUUAAAGUUAGUUCUUAUUUCUUUUACAGUCUGAAAGACCGAAUGUUGGAGUUGAUUUCUGUAAAAUGGCAGAAAAUUCGUUUGUAAUAAAUUUGUCAAUAAAAGUAUUUUUGUCACUA